UGAAGCGUCCAGACUACCUCCCCUGCUCUUGAACAACAAUGGUUGAUAGGAAUCUUCAAUUGCAAAUACCUGUUGAAAAGCAUUUCCCAGCGCAAUAUACAGUAUGUUCUAAAUUUAAAGAUGUGUCAGAGUUGCUAUCAUCUGGCCUGUCCAUCAAGCAGAUGGAGAUUUUCCAUAACACCCCUUGGGGUCAUCUGUUGGGUGCAGGGGAUAUCAAAUUUUCUGGUCAGAUUAUCCAUCUUCUUUUGUUGCACUUAGCCAAAAACCAACCAAAAGAUGAGUUGUGGUUUGUUAUCAAAAAUCAAUUGUUCAAAUUCAUAUUUGCUGAUUUUUGUAACAUCAUUGGGAUAAAAC